CUCUCUCUCUCCUUGUUUCAUUUUCUUGUGAAAGGUCAGUUUCUCGAGUUUUAAUUUUCUUUCUUAAUCUCUCAACUAUAACCAUUUCUUUCUUUCAUUUUUUUCACCUUUUUUAGCCAAAAUAUUGGAUUUAUAUACAUGUAUAUAUAUAGAGAGAGAGAGAGAGUAAAUAGUAAGCUUAAAAAUUUGCUAUAGGAGUGGACAGAUUUUUCCCACCCUCAAAAGGUCUAUGGUCACCUUUAACAAAGAAUGAAGGAGAGUGGUAGAAAACAAGGUGCACUAUCGCCAUGCGCAGCUUGCAAACUUCUCCGCAGGAGAUGUGCUCAGGACUGUGUUUUUGCUCCAUAUUUUCCAGCAGAUGAGCCUCAGAAGUUUGCUAGUGUUCACAAGGUUUUUGGAGCAAGUAACGUUAACAAAAUGCUACAGGAAUUACCUGAGCAUCAACGAAGUGAUGCGGUGAGUUCGAUGGUGUAUGAAGCAAAUGCCAGGUUACGUGACCCAGUAUAUGGAUGUGUUGGGGCAAUAUCAUCCUUGCAGCAACAGAUUGAUUCUCUGCAAACCCAAUUGGCAAUUGCACAAGCUGAGGUAGUUCACAUGAGAAUGAGACAAUAUGGUUCGUCUUCCAAUAAUAUUCCAGGCACCAUGGACAUGGUGGUUGAUCAGACCAACGCUGGGGAGUCUUUGUGGUCAUGCUAGUUAUCACCAUGCAUGCUUGCUUUCCCUUUUUGCCUACAUACUUAUUUAUCAACUAUAAUGGGCUUGCUUUAUUGUCUCCUUCUUUCAUGCCCUUUUGCUUCUUUUUUUUUUUUCUUAUUGUUUACAGCACAUCUCUCUACUUGACCAAGAGAUGAUGAUGAUGAUGAUGAUCAUUAACCAUAUUGUAUAUAUUUAUAAACAUAUAAUUAUGAGUUAUGAUAUCUUCAGUACAAGUGAAGUUGACUCUCUGUCAGCAGCAUUUAUUUUAA